CCCUAUUUAUCCCCUACUUCUGGUUUUUCCAUUCUUCAUCAAUCACUUGUGCAACAAACACACCUUCGAUUCAAACAAACACCUUCUUCGACUAAGUAUUAAACAUCUUACAAGAUCAUAUAAUUAUGAGUUUCAGAAGCAGAGCAUGGAUGGUUGCCGGAACUGUCGGAGUGGUGGAAGCCCUCAAAGAUCAAGGCUUUGCACGAUGGAACACCACCAUCAGGACCAUCUACCACCACGCCAAGUCCAAUCUCCGAUCAAUCGCCCAGGCCAAAACCUUGACUUCGCCGGCGGCAAUGGCUUGUAACAGAGACAUGGUAGAGAAGGCGAAACAAUCAGAAGAAUCAUUGAGAAAAGUGAUGUACUUGAGCUGUUGGGGUCCCAAUUAAUUAUCCAUUUGGUACAUCAUUAAGAAAGGUUAUACGUGAGAUUCUGGAUCUAAAUUCAAAGUGUCUGGAGAUAUUUCAAACCAACAAGUCGGUGGAAUUGCACAAUAAACAGCACCCAACCCACCACCAUGAGAUCGACGUACAAACUUGGGCUAAAUUUGAGUCGAUCUGUCCACAUCGCCAUUUGUUUGAUGAGUUCGAGUUUGUAUUAGUUAACGGUUUUAUGUAAUGAUCAAAACGCUGAUGGAAAGGUUGAUAUCUUAAUUGAGAAUAUAUUGUUGAGAUGCUUUUUGAAGUAAA